UAAAGAUGUUAAACAACAUAGCGUUGUUGUCUGUUAAUACCACACUGUUAAUAUACUUGGCUGUUUCUUAAGUGCUUACUUUUGGAGCUUCUGCUCAAGAUCCUGUUCUUUUCUGCAGACUUAAAGUAAAACAUUAUUUGUUUUUCUCAGUGGGACGAGGUCAGUGUCCUGGAUGAUCGAGGAAAGCUCAUAAGAACCUUUGAGGUCUGUAAUGUCAACCAAAAUCCCCGUCUGCAAGACAACUGGCUGGCUACGCCCUUCCUGUACCGUCAUUCUGCUCCGAGGGUAUUUGUCACGUUACGAUUCUCCAUGCGUGACUGCGCCAGCCUGCGAACGCCGUCACCCUCCUGCAGAGAGACGCUCACCCUGUUCUACAAACAGGCCGACUCCCAGAGAGAGCUGGAACGGACCUGGGUGGCUGAGCCGUCCACCGCGGAGAAGGAGACCAGAGAGGGCUGGGUGAAGAUCGACACCAUUGCAGCUGAUAAGAGUUUCUCUAAGGUGGAGCCCAGCUCACCUCACCAGUAUCAACCCAACAGAUACAAACGAAUCAAUAUCAAGACACGCAGCUUUGCUCCUCUCACACGUAACGGAUUCGUCUUGGCAAUCGUCGACAGUGGAGCCUGUGUUUCCCUAAUGGGAGUCUCGAUCUUCUAUCGCCGCUGUCCAGCCACCAGCCUCUACUUAGCAUCCUACCCUCCGACCCCCUCAGGGGCCGAGCCGACCGCCUUAGUCCCUGUGAAUGGAACAUGUGUCCCUAACAGUAAAGCACAGGGAGGCCCGCCCCCUCGUAUGCACUGCAACGCUGAAGGCGAGUGGAUGGUUCCUGUGGGAGGAUGUGUCUGUGAUGAAGGCUAUGAGCAGAACCUCAAUGGAUCCGCCUGCCUGGCUUGUCCAGUUGGUUACUUCAAGUCUGUUUCGGGCCCUGUCCCCUGUUCCGUGUGUCCCCCCAACAGCAGAACCAGCCAGGAGGGAUCCAAAGUGUGUGAAUGUCGCAGCGGCUUUUACCGAGCAGCCAGUGAUGCCAACUCCUCUGCCUGCACAACUCCUCCGUCUGCGCCUGUCUCUCUGUCCUGGGAGUAUGAAAGCGGCGAUGGUGGCGUUUCCUUAAGAUGGCGCCCUCCCGUUGACAUGGGAGGCCGCAGCGAGGUGUGGUAUGGGGUGGUGUGUCGCAUCUGCCCCUCAGCUAUCAUCACCAACCCGGCGUUGUGCUCCUGGUGUGGGGAAGGCGUCACAUUCAGUCCCACCCAGACUAACCUGAAACAAACCAAGGUCACCCUCAACAACCUGCUGACCAGAGUCACUUAUCUCAUACAGGUGCAAGCCAUGAAUGAGGUGUCAGCUUUGAGCCCUUUUCCGGCUCGAUACGCGAGCAUCAAUUUCACUACAAGCCAGUCAGUUCCCAGUACAGUUCCCAUGAUGCAUCAGCUGAGCCGGGCACCUGACUCCAUCACUCUCUCGUGGCCACAGCCAGACAGACCCAAUGGAGACAUCCUGGAGUACCAGCUUAGAUACUUUGACAAGGGUUCAGAUGUGGACAGUGCAGUGACCGUUUACAGUGAGACCAACACAGUGACCGUCAGCUCUCUAAUCCCCGGCUCCAUCUACGCCUUUCAGAUCAGAGCUCGAAACGAGCGAGGCUUCGGCCCCUACAGUGACACCAUCUACUUCACCACACUGCCACUGGAGGAGCAUUCGCAGCAGAUCCAGAAUAGACUUCCUCUGCUGGUUGGCUCCGUCAUGGGUGGUGCAGCUUUUCUCCUGGUAGUGGCAGCCAUCGUGGUUGUGGUGGUGUUUCGCAGUAAGAGAAGGGAGAGCCCAUACAGUGACAGACUUCAGAGGUACAUCAGCAACCGAGGUGGAGUUAAGUACUAUGUGGACCCCUCAACCUAUGAGGACCCCAGCGAGGCUGUCAAAGAGUUUGCCCGUGAGAUUGAUCCCGCUCAUCUUAAAAUUGAGGAGGUGAUUGGUGCAGCUCAGUUUGGCGAAGUUUCUCGGGGACGCUACCGUCCACUGGGGCGCAGGGAGGUGCUGGUGGCGGUGAAGACUUUACGCUGGGGGGCUUCAGACAGAGAGAGGGGGAUGUUUCUGAGCGAAGCAGGAGUUCUGGGACAGUUUGAUCAUCCGAACGUGCUGAAGUUGGAGGGCGUGAUCACUCGAAGCCCUCCAGAGAGGAUCAUUACUGAGUUCAUGGAGAAUGGGCCACUGGAUGCCUUCCUCAGGGAGAACGAGGGCCAGUUCAGCGUCCUGCAGCUUGUCGGGAUGUUACGGGGAAUCGGUGCAGGGAUGCGUUACCUCUCGGAGAGAAAUUUCGUCCACAGAGACCUGGCAGCAAGAAAUGUGCUGGUUAACUCCAACCUGGUUUGUAAAGUGUCCGACUUCGGCCUGUCUCGUCUCAUGAGGGGCUUGGACCACAACAUACCCACUUACACUGCCUCACUGGGCAGUAAGAUUCCUGUGCGGUGGACAGCACCAGAAGCCUUUCAGCAUCGCAAGUUCAGUUCAGCAAGUGAUGUCUGGAGCUUUGGGAUACUCAUGUGGGAAGUGAUGUCAUAUGGAGAGCGUCCGUACUGGGACAUGAGCAAUCAGGAGGUGAUGAAGGCAGUAGCAGACCAGUAUCGUCUUCCUGCCCCCCAUAACUGCCCUGCUGCCCUCCACUCUCUGAUGCUUCAGUGCUGGCAGGGAGACCGAGGGGACCGGCCAGGCUUCGACUCAGUCCUGUCCUCUUUGGACAGGCUCAUCAGACACCCUGCCUCCCUGAAGGCGGAGCCAACACGAAGCUGCUCCCAGCCACUGCUCAGUCCCACCCCCACAGACUUAUCAGCAGUGGCAACAGUCAGUGAUUGGCUGAAGGCUCUGAGGAUGGAGAGGUAUCAGGAUGAGUUCGAACAGGCGAACCUGGACUCUUUAGACAGAGUGAGCAGGCUCACCAUGGAUGACGUCCAGAACCUCGGGGUGAACCUGCUGGGACAUCAGAGGAAGAUUGUCAGUGCAGCCCAGCAGCUCAGAGCCUAUCUGUCGCAGGGACAGGUGGAGGUGUGAAAUCCACCCACGUUUCACCCAAUGCCGUGGACUUCUAUGGUUUUCACAUUCAUCUGCUUGUGUCUGGUUUCUCAAACACGCACUUAUGAGGGAGCACAUUUUAAACCAAACCAGUCUGUCUUUUUGUUUGUUUUUUUUUUCAUCUAAAAAACCCGACACAUAACAACCAGAAGGAGUGAAAAGGAACAGACCAGACUACCUGCCAGUCACAGAGAAGUGAUGCACUAUGGGAGCUGCAGUCCUGGUCUAAGUGAGGGUAGGGAUUUGCUAAGGAGGAGGAGGAGGAGGACUUUGAAGAUUUCUUGAUUUUUUUAUCUCUAAAAAAUUCACUUUAUUGUUGUCUGCCUUCUUCUCUCCUCACUCAUCUUUAGUCCUACCUCUCACCUCCUCUUCCACAACUGUCCCUCCAUCAAACUUUUAUAUUGUCCCCACCCUCAGUGACUACAAGAAAAACUAUAAAAAUGUUUCUUUUUUAUUCUUAUGGAGAAAUCUCCACACAAAGAAUUGCGUGAAGACAAUCAAAGCCUUUUUCUACAAUUUUUUGACUUGUUUGUAAAGUUAUAUCACUUCCUCCAGACUUUAAAAGCCAAAUGCUUAAACUUGUUAGCAAAAAAAAAGGGGAAGAGUACUGCCAAGCAGCUAAUGCUGAAUGGUGAGCUCAGAAACGUGUAGUUUGUUAGUAUUCCACAAAAUUCUGUAAAUCAGAAAACAAACUUAAAAUGUAAGCCAUGUUUUUCCCUCCUCAAAAGACGUAUCAGCCAUUUAUUCAACUCACUCUGGCUCUGGGUGACAGCAGAGCUCAUGUGCUGCAACAAUACCAACAUCACCUCAGCUGCAAACACAAACGUUCAUCAGUGAUGAAGAAAGAAGUGAACAGCACCCACCUUUAUGUGUACAUUUCACACUUCACCUCUUUAUUGUUUGACUACAAGAGUAAAAACACUGAGUCAUUGAAUCUUUGUGAAUGUGUGAAAUGAGAAAGAUGGACAAAAUCUGAUCUGAUUAACACUUGAAGGAAGGAGGAGAAAUGCUUUUUAAGUAUGUUCCUGUGUGUCUGUAACGUGUGUGUGUGCUGUAAACAAAGCUUUGUGGCUUUGUUCGUGUGUACAUCAGGUAAAUGCUGUA